AUGGCAGCUGAGGCGAGGAUGCUCGAGCUGCCUUUCGUCCGCGAUGAGCAGCUCACCCGGUGCAUGCGGCUGCGAUACCAGAGCCUGCAGCAAAGAAACGUGAAGCCCCAGGACGGGGAGAAGCUGCUGCGUCCCAACGAGCAUGUUUACCGGGUGGAUUUCAUCCAGCAGCACAACCUGCGCUUCCUCCGCUGGGACGUCCAGCUGGAGAGACCUGGGAAAGUCACGGUGACCGGCACCUCCCAACUCUGGACUCCUGAUCUCACCCACCUUAUGAACCGGCAGCUGCUGGAGCCAGUGGGCAUCUUCUGGAAGAAGCCAGGGGCCAAGGAGGUGGAGUCCAAUGAGGCGGAUGCCCAGGAAUUUGGGGAGCGGAUAGCAGAGUUAGCCCAGAUCCGCAAGGUGAUGUAUUUCCUCUUUGCUUUCACCGACGGCCUCCAACCAGCUCACCUGAAGGGCUCCGUGGUUUUUAAAGCCUGA